GGCAAAUCGUUCGUACGUGGAAUCCUCACACUCGACUUCCUGCCACCCCGCGCAUCAGGCAUCAGGUCGACUUGCGCUUUCCCAUCGCCUGCCGGCGCACGAAUAUUUGCUCGCCCAUCAAGCUCGCUACCUGCGACCCAAAGGGAGUGGUCCAUCAUGCCGCCUCCCCCCCAUCAAAAGCCCGAGAAUGUCUUAAAGCGCGCUCACGAGCUUAUGGGUGUUGGGCAGGCUACCGCCGCCCUCACCCUGCUCCACGAGCACAUUAUCUCGAAGCGAUCGCGCAAUGUUCCUAUUACGUCGUUGGAGCCGGUGAUGCUCCUGUUGGUGGAGCAGUCGGUGGAACAAAAGAAAGGAAAACUCGCAAAGGAUGCUUUAUACCAAUACAAGAACAUCAGUCAAAACACCAACGUGGGCACCAUCGAGGUGAGAUUCAACCGUGCUGUAUCCAACUUGCAAUAAAAAAAACUGACAAUGUCGUCAUAGCUUGUUCUCAAGAAAUUCAUCGAAUUGGCGGAGGAAAAAGUCAAGACCGCACAAGCUAAGGCAGACGAAGUUCAAUCGUCCCUCGAAACCAGCAACGCAACUGCGAGUGUCGACGAUCUCGAAGCUAGUGAAACACCUGAGUCUAUUCUUCUAUCAACCGUAUCUGGCGAACAGUCUCGAGAUCGAACAGAUCGAGCAAUUGUCACACCAUGGCUCAAAUUUCUCUGGGAGACCUACAGAACCGUCCUCGAUAUUCUCAGAAAUAAUGCCCGCUUGGAGAUAAUGUACCAGAGCACGGCUAUGCAAGCAUUCGAGUUUUGUCAAAAAUACACACGAAAGACCGAGUUCCGUCGUCUUUGUGAACUUCUCAGAAACCAUGUUCAGACUGCUGCAAAAUACUCUGCUCAGAUGCACGCCAUCAACCUGAACGACCCAGAUACACUUCAACGCCAUCUCGAGACCCGUUUUCAACAGUUGAAUGUGGCAGUUGAGCUUGAGUUGUGGCAGGAGGCUUUCCGAAGUGUUGAGGAUAUCCACACCUUACUCAACCUCAGCAAGCGACCACCAAAGAACAUUAUGAUGGCAAACUACUAUGAGAAGCUGACUCGAAUUUUCUUGGUUGGUGAGAACUACUUGUUCCACGCCGCAGCAUGGUCACGAUACUAUAAUCUCCUUCGCCAGUCUGCAUCUAUGGUUGCUGCAGGUCAAAGCAAGAAAGCAGAUAACCCAGCUACAUCAGAGGCGGAUCUUUCCAAAGCUGCCUCCUUUGUCUUGCUAUCAGCUCUCGCCAUUCCAGUUAUUAGCACAUCAAGAUCCCGAGGUGCUCUUAUCGACAUCGAUGAAGCAAAGAAAAACAAGAACUCUCGGCUGACUCACCUGCUCGGUAUGGCCCAGGCACCAACUCGUGCCGUCCUUUUCCGAGAUGCAAUGAGCAAGGGUCUUCUCAAGCGAGCCCGCCCUGAGAUUCGUGAGCUCUACAAUAUCCUCGAGGUUGACUUCCAUCCCCUUUCUAUCUGCAACAAGAUUUCGGGUAUCUUGCAAAAGAUCGGUGAUGAUGCUGAGAUGGAGAAAUAUGUUCUUCCCCUCCAGCAAGUCAUUCUCACCAGACUUUUCCAGCAAUUGUCGCAAGUGUACGAAACUGUUGAUCUUGCAUUUGUUGAGAAUCUUGCUCAAUUCCCUGCCCCAUUUCAAGUCUUCAGGGAUACCAUCGAGAAGUUCAUCAUGAACGGGAACAAGAAGGGUGACCUUGCUAUUCGUAUGGAUCACGCCACUGGUGUUCUUAGCUUCGAUACCGAUGUCUUCUCUUCAACCAAGGCUAUCAAUGCUGGAACAAGUACUGGAUCCGCUGAGAGCGAAACUUCCUCCGUACAAAGACUCCAAAACACCCCUUCAGAAAUUGUCCGCACACAACUGAACAGAUUGGCCAAAUCUCUUUACGUCACAUGCCAAUAUAUCGAUCCCUCAUUCAAUGAAGCCAGAAUUAAAGCCCGAGAUGCAGCCUACGCUAGAGCUAAGGCUGGUUCCGAUCAAGAGCACCGCGAGACCUUGGCACGCAAGGAAAUCAUUGCCAAGCGUAAAGAGGAGGCUUCCCAAAUCCAAGCAGCAAAGGAGAAGGAAGAUGCCACCCGCAAACGUAUCAAGGCCGCACAACUUGAAGAGGCCGAGAAGGUUCGACUCGCUAAAGAUAUCAAGGACCGCGAAGAGAAGCGCAUGAAGGCUGAGUUGGAGCGUGUCCGUCUAGAGGAAAUCAAGAAGGAAAUCGCUGCUCUCAAGAUUGGCCCCAAAGCGAUUGACAUUGAUGUUGAAGACUUGGAGAAUCUUGACAGCAACCGUCUCCGUGCCAUGAAGCUUGCCCAACUUGAGCGUGAGAAGAACGACAUCAACGAAAAGAUGAGAAUCACUGCCAAGAGAAUCGACCAUCUUGAGAGAGCCUUCCGCAAGGAAGAAGCCAAGAAGUUGCCUGAAGAUUACGCGCAGCAACGCGAGGCAGAUUUGGCCGCAUAUGAGAAGAUCAAGGCCCAGACACUGAAGGACGCAGAGGCUAAGCACAAGGAGAACGUAGAGUUGAAGCACAGACUGACACGUUUGGUCCCAUUCUAUGAGGAUUUCAAGAAGUCGGUCGUUGAGCGAAGACACGACGAAUUCGAGAAGCGUCGCCGUGAUGCGGAGAAGGAGCUGGAGAAGCAAAUUGCUGCGAGAAGAAAGGAAUUUAGAGAACGUAAGGCGCGUGAGAAACGUGAGCUUGCCGAACAAGACCGUAUCUUACGUGAGGAAGAGGAGCGUGCUGCUAGGGAAGCAGAGGAGAAGGCUGAGAGAGAAGAGAGAAAGCGUGCCGAAAGAGAAGAGAAGAUGGCUCUUCGUGAGAAGGAGAGGCAAGAAACCGCAGAGAGAAUGGCCCGCCAAGAGCGUAUUGCAGAAGAAGCUCUCAAGCGCAAGGCUGCUGAGAAGGCCGCCGGAUCCUCGUUGCCAUCUCGUGGAGUACCAAUGGAUCGAACGGCAUCAGGCUCUGGUCCUGGUGCUGGUGUUCGUCCACCUCUUCCUCUUGCCGGUGCUAAGAUGGGUUGGAGAGAGAAGGAGAAGCUCAAACUUGAGGGCAAGGAAGUGCCUUCCACUCGAACCGAGUCACCCGCCGCUCGUGCUUCCCCUGUGAGUCGCUCAGUACCAAUGGACCGAGUGGAUUCCAACGAGCGACCAGUCGAACGAGGACCACCUCGUAUCGCUCUUGCUGGUGGCAAACCUUCAUGGAGAGAUAGAGAAGCUGCAAAGGCCAGUGGCGGUGGUGAGUCGAACGCUCCCCCUCAAUCCCGUGCUCCACCAGCAAUGGCAAGAGAUCGAUCGGGACGUGGUGAAGAGGAGCGAGGCGGAUCACCUGCCUCUGGGCCCUCUGGUGAUGGUCUGAAGCCAAGCGGGGCAACUGGAAAGUUUGUUCCUCCUCAUUUGCGCAAUAAGUGAUUUCUGGGUGGGCGGGUUUGCAUAUUUUGAUCUCGGACAGAGUAACAUUUGUAAUUAGUAUGGCGUUUGAGGCUUCAUGAUCGUUAGAUUGCUAUCUCAGCAGGAAUCUUAGCGGGUUGAUGAACAAAAGAAAUGAAGAAGAAAUGACAAAUAAAAGUUGAAAACACGCCAGAUUUUCA